GGUUUUCCUUCAUAGUAAACAACAAAGCAAAACCACGCCGCUGAUCGACAGACCGAAGAGUGCUGAAUUGCAAUUAAAAAAAAAACAUAUUUCUCAUAAAUAUUUCGUGUAAAGUGCAUAAAAUGGAAGGUUCAGUGCUAAAAGAAGCACUCAACAUCAGCGAUUUGCUCGGGGAACAUGGAGCCCAGUUUCAGAUCAGCACCAAAUAUAACGAACAUGGCGAAGAGUUUUUCAUGGAGGACGACUACGGUAGCGCUGACGAGGACGAAGAUGCUCAUCGGAAAAUAAUGAGCCCGUGGGACAGAAGUUUCGACGAAUUGCGAGCGCAGAUGUUUAUGGUGUCGGAGUUUGUUUUCAAAAGGAUCACCAAGCAGGGCGUAGGGGAUGAGUUGGUUCCGGAUCGGGCCCGUGUUACAAUAGACUACAAUGCGUAUUUUGAGGGUGAGACAUAUUCGUUCGAUUCUACCUCGAUGCGCGGUGAGUACAAAACAUUCACCGUUGGCAAAUCGGAGGUUCUGCAAGGUCUGGAAGAAGCGGUUCUCUCGAUGAAGCCCAGCGAAGAAGCCCAGUUUGUCAUUGGCUAUCAGGUUCUGUUCGGAGAAAUCGGCUGCAGACCUCGAAUCAAACCUAAGGCAGAUGCACUGUUCAUUGUCAAACUUGUUAGCUACACUGAUCCAGGAGAUGCCGAAGCAUUGGACAAUUUGACUCAAGAGGAAAAAACAUCGUAUGCCGUGGUGAAGGAAAAGGUCAACGAUACCAGGACGCACGCCAAGGAUUAUUUCAAACGAAACAUGGUGACCAACGCAAUCAAUGAUUAUCACAAAGCAGUCAACUAUUUGGAAGCGUGUCACGUGAAGGACGAAGUGGAACAGAAGGAACAAACAGAAACGCUCAUUUCCCUUUACACCAGUUUGGCUGUCUGUUACAACAAAAAGGACAAUCCUCGUCGAGCUUGCUCGAUGAUUAACGAGAUCCGUCGCCUGGGUAAUAUUGACCGAUUAUCGCGAGCUCUUUUCCAUGAAGGUCGCGCUCUGAUGAAUCUUGGGGACUACGAACGAGCCAAAAACAGCUUACUAAAAGCACAGAGGUUGGAAUCCACCAACAAGGACAUCGUCAAGGAAUUAAAAAUUCUUAACGAACGGUGGGAGAAGCAUCGCCAAGAGGAACGCACCAUUUGUGCUCGGGCUUUUGGGUUGAAGGAACGGAAGGACAAGCGCCAAACGGAAGAACAGAUCAAGUUCACCGAUAUGAUGAAGAGAAAUCUGGAAGCAUUCGUUGAAGAUGAGAAGAGCAAACAGUUGACGCUGCCGGAAGGACUGAACAGUGACGAAAUGAACACCGUUCAGGAUUUGGCCGAUGAGUUCAACCUGAAACUAAACUUGUACAAGGAGAACAGUAAAGAUUUCUAUCGAUUGGAGAAAAAGAAAGUUGGUGGAACAGAUGAAAAAUGAAGGAAAUGCUAAGGAGUUGUCACUCAAGUCAAUGAUUUCUGGACUAUAAAAUAACAGAUUUGAAUAAAAUGGACUAUGUGUAAAGUAA